UGUGAAUUUGGAGACACGCUGUCUGACAGACUAUGUGAAAAGUUUGUGACAGGUGUAAACAGCCCUGAUAUUCAAAGAAAGUUGCUGCUCGAGUCAGAUCUAACAUUAGAAAAAGCAAUACAACUUGCAAUGUCAUUCCAGCAGUCAUCUGAUGCGGCGAGAUCUUUAGCACCUUCAGAGAUCCAUGCAGUAAACAGCAGGUUAGUCAAUAAACAUCAACUCCAUCAGAGCAUUCCAACUUAUGCUAAACAGCCUGCUCGUUCAAAUCCUAGAUCUAAAUCUAGUAGUAAUUAUCAAAAAUGUCAUCGAUGCAAAGGUCCCCAUGCAUCUCAUCGGUGCAAGUUCAAGUUAGCAACUUGUUAUAAGUGCGGUAAGCAAGGUCACAUUGCCAAGGCCUGCUUUGCAAAGUCUUCGUCUGUUGCUAAAUCUAGCCAGUCAAGACAGUACCGCAACCAAAAGCAGCACUAUGUUAACUCUCACCAAGACUACCUAACCCAACCAAUGAACCACUCUACCUGUGAAAAUUCUCAAACUGAUUCGCAGCCGGAUUUCAACCUGUUCUCUGUGAAAUCAAUAAGUCAUGCUCCCAUCAAUGUACAAGUUAAUAUCAACGGUAAGAGCAUCAGCUUCCAACUUGACACUGGAGCAUCUCUAACAGUCAUAACAAAGAAAGAGUUUGACGCUGCCACAGGAGGAUCAGUGCCUCUACAGCCGUGUCACAAGUGUCUAACAACAUACACUGGUGACAAUGUUCCGGUAAUAGGAGAGUGUAUGGUUCAUGUAAGUUAUAAUGGUCAAAGUGUUAAACUUCCUCUUCUUGUGGUUGAAGGAAAUGGACCGCCAUUACUAGGUUUACUAAAUGAUAGAACAGUGAAGUUAAGCAUUAAAGAUACAAAUCCAAGAUACUGCAAAGCUAGAGUUCCACCUUAUGCAAUGAGGAACAAAAUUGAAAAUGAGCUAAGUAGAUUGGAAUCUAAUGGCAUUAUAAAGAAGGUAGACUAUUCCGAUUGGGCGACACCCAUUGUGCCAGUGUUAAAGAAGGAUGGUUCUAUAAGAAUUUGUGGAGAUUAUAAAACUACACUGAAUAAGCAAAUAGAGCUAAAUAGGUACCCUAUACCUAACAUUGAGGAAAUCUCUUUGAAUUUGGCAGGAGGAGACAAAUUCACUGAAUUAGACUUUAGUCAUGCUUACACUCAACUAGAACUGCAUCCAGAUUCAAAAGUCUAUACGACAAUAAACACACAUAAAGGACUCUACCAAUAUGAAAGACUAUGUUUUGGCAUAUCAUCUAGCCCUGGAAUUUUCCAAGCUGUCAUGGACAGUAUUUUUAAGGACAUUCCAAAUGUUUGUGUGUACUUUGACAAUGUGUACAUAACUGGUAAGAAUGACACUGAACAUCUUAAAACACUUGAUAAAGUAUUGAAAAUUGUUGGUGAAAAAGGUUUAAAGAUAAACAAAGAUAAAUGUCAAUUCAUGCUGACAGAAAUUAGUUUUCUUGGUUAUAUAUUGAGCAAACAAGGCAUCAGACCUCAACCUGAGAAAACAAAAGCCAUUAAAGAAGCACCCAAACCUGAAAAUACCCAACAACUAAGAGCUUUUUUGGGCUUGAUAAAUUACUAUGCAAAGUUCAUAGGGAAUCUGUCUGGUAAACUAUCACCACUGUACAAGCUGCUACAGAAAAAUGCAACUUGGCACUGGGGUAAACAACAAGAAGCUGCUUUUAAUACAGCAAAAGAGGCUUUGUCUUCUGACACCUUACUAACUCACUAUGACCCAGGGAAAAGACUUAUAUUAACAUGUGAUGCUUCACCAGAUGGUGUAGGAGCAGUCUUGUCCCACAUGGAUGAGAAGGGUGACAGACCCAUUGCUUUUGCCAGUAGAUCUUUGAACCAGGCUGAGAAAAAUUAUUCUCAGUUAGAUAGGGAAGGCUUAGGCAUCAUUUUUGGUGUUAAGAAAUUUCAUAAGUUUCUGUUUGGUAGGAAGUUCACCAUCAUUACAGAUCAUAAACCAUUGCUAGGUUUAUUUGGAGAAAACAAAACCCUACCUGAGCAUGCCUCACCAAGAAUUCAAAGAUGGGCUAUCACACUAACUGCAUACAAUUAUGAAUUGAAAUACAAACCUGGAUCUGAGAAUAGUGCAGAUAGUCUUAGUAGAUUACCUUUAAAAAACCAAAGCCUGAGCUAUGUACCAGAAGAUGUAUUUGUUCUCUUCACUAUCAUGGAUAACUCCAAUAUAAAUGUGAAUGAUAUUAAAAGAGAAACACAAAAAGAUGAGUGCUUAAUAAAAGUAUAUGAGUACUGUAAGAAUGGUUGGCCUGAAGAGUCUGUGAAUGAUGACUUAAAGCCAUAUAAAAUAAGAAAAACAGAGUUAAGUCUAGAAGAUGGAUGUAUACUAUGGGGGUCAAGAGUAAUUAUCCCCAAAAUGUUACAAAAAGAAGUUUUAAGAACUUUACAUGAUACUCAUCUUGGUUCUUCCAAAAUGAAGAGUCUAGCAAGAUCAUGGUUCUGGUGGCCACAUAUGGAUGCUGAUAUUGAAAAAUAUGUAAAACUUUGUUCAAGCUGUGCACAACAUUCAAAUCAACCAGCUACAGCACCUUUGCAAAACUGGGACUGGCCAAUUGAACCAUGGAAACGUAUACAUAUAGAUUUCGCAGGACCUUUCAUGAACAAAAUGUUCUUAAUUGUUAUUGAUUCACAUUCUAAAUGGUUAGAAGUUAAAAUCAUGAACACAAUCACUGCAAAUGAUACCAUUAUAGAACUUAAGGAAAUAUUUUCAACUCAUGGAUUACCAGAUCAAAUUGUUUCAGAUAAUGGGCCUAGUUUCACAGCUCAUGAGUUUAAACUGUUUUGUGUGGCAAAUGGUAUUGAGCAUAUAACCACAUCCCCCUAUCAUCCUGCUGGGAAUGGUUUGGCUGAAAGAGCGGUAGGCAUAUUCAAAACCGCUAUGGUAAAAAUGAAUACCGGUAACAAGUUUUCUCUUAGAGAAAGAGUAAACAGGUUCUUAACCAAAUACCGCACAACUCCUCAUAUAACAACAGGUGUUGCACCAUGUGAAUUGCUAUGUGGUAGGAAAAUUAAAACUCAUCUUGACCUACUACAUCCAACUGUUCAAAGGUCUGUUUCCCAACAUCAACAUACACAAAAAGUAAAUCAUGACAAAUCAUCCAUUGAAAGAGAAUUUGCAGUUAAUGAUAAUGUGUAUCUGAGAAAUUAUGGGAGAAAGGAAAAAUGGAUACCAGGUCAAAUUGUUCAAUGUACAGGACCUGUGUCUUAUAAAGUAAAAACAAAUGAUGGACUUAUUGUCCGUAGACAUGCAGACCAGUUGAAAAUAACUUGUGCAGAUAAUAAGUGUGAAUCUGUCAAUCCCACCAAGUCUGAUCAGUUCACACCAACUCAGUUUGUUCCACAACCAAGUUCUGUUGAUAUGAGUGAACCAAGUUGUCUAGAGUCAGAAAAUGUAAAUUCUAGAGUUAAUGAUUUAAAUCCUAGACCUCCUGAGAUAGAGAAUCCAGAUGGUCAGAAUCUUGAGUCACCAAAUCAAAAGCCACUGAGAAGGUCAAGCAGGACAAUCAAAGUCCCAAAUAAGUUAGACCUAUGAUUUUAAGGGUCAAAAGGACUUUGACAUCAUUGUUUUGUAUCUUGAUUAUGUUGUGGCAUAUUGUGCAUUGUUUGUAAGGAUGUAAUCUACCAUAGUGUUCAUGUUACAAUAUAAUUGGUGAUUUUAGGAUACUAUCAAUUGUUCUAUUGAGAGAUGUGUUAUUGUGUUCUAAGGGUAAAGGGAUGUAAUAGAUUGAAAUAAUUGUGAGGUCAAGGGAACUCACUCUUCUGUAUUAGUUAUAUUUAUAAUAUUGUUAUCUUGAGUGAUGUCCCUUGUGUACUUCCUUCCGUCCUCUCUGUGUGUUACCAUCGUGGUAG